GCAUUGGUGCUGUGACUCUCCAUAUAGGACUGGGAAGAUGACGUCAAACGUUUCAAACAGAUCUUCCGCCAUCCCAGUGACACAGAGCUUGUUGUUCUUACCGGAAAUCAUGACAUCGGCUUUCAUUAUGAAAUGACACAGCAGAAGUUGGAGCGGUUUGAGCGAGUGUUUAAUGUGACGUCAGCCCGUAUCCUUACCAUUAGAGAUGUCAAUUUCUUGCUGGUGAACAGUGUUGCUUUGCAUGGUGAUCACUGCCUCAUCUGUCAGCGUGUGGAGAAUGAAUUGUACAAACUCUCGCAUGCUCUUAAUUGCUCCAUUCAGGGUUCACAUCAUGAUGACCACUGCAAGAACACAGAGACUUUUGCCCCAACAGCACCAAUUUUGCUACAGCAUUACCCUCUAUAUAGAGUGAGUGAUGCCAUGUGUACAGGUGUAGAUGCAGCCCCUCUGAAUGAACGAUACCAGCUGUUUCAGGAACAGUAUGAUGUCAUUUCACAGGUUGCCUCCAAAAAGCUUCUAUGGUGGUUCAGACCCCGCCUCAUUCUGAGUGGCCACACCCACAGUGGCUGUGAGGUUCUGCAUGAGAACCGCUACCCUGAGAUCAGCGUACCAUCAUUUAACUGGAGGAACCGCAACAACCCCAGCUUCAUCCUGGGCUCAUUCUCCAGGUCUGACUUUCACUUGUCGAAGUGUUUUCUUCCAGAGGAAAGAAGUAUUCUGACAAUUUACUGUGGCAGUGGUCUGACCAUUGCUCUGAUAACACUCAGCCAUCUUAAGCCAUUUAGAAGAGCGCUACACUCAACAAACAGCUUUUUUAGAAAGCACAAAACUUUGUGAUAUGCACCAAAGACAAAUAUGAUCACGGAGUCAUGAGCCAGGCCGGUUCUAAACAUUUGGAGGCCCUAGGCAAAAUUUAUGUUAAAGGCCCCUCGCACCCCUCAACUUUUCAAAAUAAUAAAAGUGUUCAGUGUUUUUCUUACACUAUAAGAAAUCAAAAAUUUACUUUGUAAAAACAUAUUUUUGGUCAAAUUUAGUUAAAAACAUACCUUACAAAAAGCAUUACUGCUGUGCACAAAAAAGUGGCAUUAUAUAUUUUAAGAUAUUUCAGUGCAAGCUGUUUUCAGUUCUGAAAUUUAAACAUGCAUUUCAAUCAGGGAAAGACUUAAAGGCGGAGUGCACAAUUUUUGAAAAACGCUUUGGAAAAGGGAGUCGGGCCGACUACCAAAACACACUUGUAGCCAAUCAGCAGUAAGGUGCGUGUCUACAAACCGACAUUGUUGCCUGGGUUGUGUAUGUGUGGGGUGGGUCUAUCAAAAGAAGGUCCAUAUUCUAUGGACCCUGCCUUUAACCCUUGUGUCCCUGUUCGGGAAACCACCCAUUUAUUACUUAAAUAAAUAAACAUCAAUGUAA